CGGCCGCAGCCUAUUGUUAGCCGGAGCCUGGGCGGUUCUCGGCGUCUGCUACCGGGGGCGUCCGUGUUGCCGGAGCCGCCCGCCCUCCGCCGCCUGCCGGCCGAUCUGCCCACCCUCCCUGCCUUCCUGGGAACUCCCCGACCGUCGCCGCAGGCCCUGGACUCGCUUUCUCCGCCCUCAUUCCCACCCGGGCUAGGGCAGCGGCGGCGGCGGCGGCAGCGGGGGCGGCAGAGACCAGCGCGGGAGGAGGCAGCUGCGGCGGGGCCGUGCCAUGAUCUUGAUUCAUCCUUUUAAAGGGGUUUAGAGUGGCAGCGUGACACACAAAGCAUUCUUCAAUAAUAAAUGUUAGAAGUUAUCCCCAGGAGACCCAGUGUCCCCUUGUCCUGCAGUUUUCAGUUCAAGAAUCCUAAUGCACCUGGCUAACUGGUGGUGAGCAGGGGCUUUGGGGCCAACUUGGUGGGCUCCCCAAGGAAACCCCUUUGAAACCAAUGGAUGCAUUCACGGGCUCGGGUCUCAAGAGGAAGUUUGACGAUGUGGAUGUGGGCUCAUCAGUUCCCAACUCAGACGAUGAGAUCUCCAGUAGUGACAGUGCUGACAGCUGCGACAGCCUCAACCCUCCUACAAUGGCCAGCUUCGCACCUACAUCCAUCCUGAAGCGGCAGAAGCAGCUGCGGAGGAAGAAUGUGCGCUUCGACCAGGUGACUGUGUACUACUUUGCCCGGCGCCAGGGUUUCACCAGUGUGCCCAGCCAGGGUGGCAGCUCUCUGGGCAUGGCCCAGCGCCAUAACUCUGUACGCAGCUACACGCUCUGUGAGUUUGCUCAGGAGCAAGAGGUGAACCACCGGGAGAUUCUUCGUGAGCACCUGAAGGAGGAGAAGCUCCAUGCCAAGAAGAUGAAGCUGACCAAGAAUGGGACAGUGGAGUCGGUGGAGGCUGAUGGCCUGACACUGGAUGAUGUUUCAGAUGAAGAUAUUGAUGUAGAAAACGUGGAGGUGGACGAUUACUUCUUCCUGCAGCCUCUGCCCACCAAACGGCGACGGGCCCUGUUGAGGGCUUCUGGGGUCCACCGCAUUGAUGCUGAAGAGAAGCAAGAACUUCGAGCCAUCCGCCUGUCACGGGAAGAGUGUGGUUGUGACUGUCGGCUGUACUGUGACCCAGAAGCAUGUGCCUGUAGCCAGGCUGGGAUUAAAUGCCAGGUGGAUCGCAUGUCCUUCCCAUGCGGCUGCUCCCGGGAUGGCUGUGGGAACAUGGCUGGACGCAUUGAAUUUAAUCCAAUCCGGGUCCGGACUCAUUACCUCCACACCAUCAUGAAGCUGGAGCUGGAGAGCAAGCGGCAAGUGAGCCGCCCACCAGCCCCAGAUGAGGAGCCCUCGCCCACUGCCAGUUGCAGCCUGCCAGGAGCCCAGGGCUCUGAGACACAGGACUUCCAGGAGUUCAUUGCUGAGAACGAGACAGCAGUGAUGCACCUGCAGAGUGCAGAGGAGCUGGAGCGGCUCAAGGCGGAGGAAGACUCCAGCGGCUCCAGCGCCAGCCUGGACUCCAGCAUAGAGAGCCUGGGUGUGUGCAUCCUGGAGGAGCCGCUGGCCGUUCCUGAAGACCUGUGCCCAGGCCUUACAGCCCCCAUUCUCAUCCAGGCCCAGCUGCCCCCAGGCUCCUCCGUGCUCUGUUUUGCCGAGAACUCGGACCACCCAACUGCCUCAGCAGUGAACAGCCCAUCCUACUUGAACAGUGGGCCCCUGGUCUAUUAUCAGGUGGAGCAGAGACCAGUCCUCGGGGUGAAAGGAGAGCCUAGCACAGAAGAAGGCCCACCCACCUUCCCCAAGGAGAAGGAGCUGAAUGUCUUCUCUCUCCCUGUUACCUCACUGGUGGCUUGCAGCCCCGCAGACCCAGCUGCCCUCUGUAAAUCAGAGGUGGGGAAAACAGCCACUCUAGAAGCGCUAGUGCCCGAAGACUAUAACCCUGAGGAGCCUGCGAAUGAAGACUUACGCCCCUCUUGGUCCCCCUCGAGCCUCCCCUUCCGCACGGACAAUGAAGAGGGCUGUAGGGUGGAGGAGACCUCACAGCAGAGUGAGGACCGGCCCCCUGAAGAGUCUCCCCUGGAGCUCCCGCUGGCAGUGUGACACAGGGUUGGAGAUUCUGCCUCUUACCCACUCUCUAUUUAUUCCCUUAUUUUAUCUAACGCCAUUUCAAAACAGAACUGUAGAAGCAGCUGCUACUCCCAUGUUAUUUUAUUGGGGUCUUUGGGGAAUGGGUGGGAAAGGAUUGUUUGUACAAGUAUUUUCUAAAGGGUAAACAGAACCAAGGAGACCAGCCCCAGCUAGAUCUGGGGAUAGUUUUGGGGCAAAGGAGGCUGCAUAGUGCCGAAUACUGAGCUUUUUGGGCCAUUGGAACAAAGAACUAGGAACUCACAGGAGAAACUGGGUAAUUCAAGCAGCUUUCUUUAUGUAGGGACCAGAACACAAUAAUUUGAAUAACAUGGCGAAGCCACUUCUCCUGUCCUGAGCUCCAGGUGGGAUACAAGCUCAUUUUUCUCAAGUGGUUACUCGGAUAGCCCACUUUGGUGUAUCAUAAUACAGUAGGAAGUGUCACCUGGUUAAAUCUAGAGAGGAGGGGGUAGAAGGGUCUCUGCUUCCGUAUAACACCUUCAGGAUUUAUAAAAAUUUAACCUUUCUUCCCUGGCCCCCUAUUUGGUAAAUAAGUUGAUAUUUGACGUGUUUGCUGUUCUCUGACCUGUUCCCCACACUGGGGAUUCCUGGUCUGUAACUUGAAUUCUUUUACAUGUUCUUAGGUACUAGAGUUUAACAUGUCUGUCUUUUUCCCCUUCUUUUUCCUUUGAAGAAAAGCAGAUUGGGGAUUUGGUGUAAAGAGCCUGCAUCUUCUGUGUGUGUCCAGCAUUAGCUGUCAAUCAGCUUUUCACCCAGGUUUUAUUUUCCCCAUUUUGGGAGAUUUGAGCUUUAUAAAGGAAUGUAGGAUGUGGCAACCUAAAGUCACUAACUGGUUUAUGCUCUUUUUCUGUGGCUUCCCUCGUGAUCCUUCCUGGAUAUACAGGUUAGAGAGUUCUUAUACUAUUCCAUUUCACCCCCACGAACUGCAAAUGCUUAUCUUGCAUCUUGAUAUAUAAAAAUUGGAAGCCACACCAAUUCUUAAGUGCUACAUACAACUCCUGGGUUCCAAAGAACUUGAGUUCUGAUUAUAACCUUUGAGGUCUAUAGAGUGGGAUUCAAAUUCAGUUCUUACCUCUAACGGGGGAUAUGGUUCCUGUUCCUCAAAUGUCCAGCUUAUGUUCCAGGAUGUGCUCCUCUGAACACUUUUUAUUAGCACAGUUAUCUUUGCCUCUGUUUUAAAAUGGAGACAGUAGGGAGCAAAACACUCUUCUCUAGCAUCCUUUGUACCAUGCUUCACUUCUGGUGCGGUUUAUUACCCAGGAAAGAAAAAGUGAAAAACUGGUUUUUUUUGUGGGAGAGAGAAUUGUUCCUACUUACCUUUAUCUGUGGGAUGUUAAGGCCCUGGUGUCUUAAAGCAACCUUCAUGUAUGUUGCAGCAGCAUUUCACCUAUAAAAUCUCUAAACUGAGCCUGAAAGGCUACCUUAUAUUUAACACACAUACACCCUUUAACACAUUCUGUCUCUCCUGUUCACUUGUUUUUGCUUGGUUUUACAUUUGGAGCAGAGUUCUUAAUUAAGUACAUAGGUCCUCAUCUGUCCCCAUCUUCUAAUCACACUAAACACUUGAGAGUCUUAAAUACUAGAGAUCUAGAUGUUAUCCCAAACCGAGCUAUACUCCCUCUCCUUGGGCUGGUUCCCUCAAAUACAAGAUUAAAGCUUCAUUGGAAUUUGACUCUAUAGAGAAGGAUCUUUCUGAAAAUUGGUAUUGGAAUGGGAGGCUCUACAUAUACCCUCCUUAGGAAAGGUACAGUCUAAUCUAGGAAGUGGAUUCCAGUUGCUCAACAAGAGACGUUGGGAUCAAACCAAGAAUUUGAAUCUAAUUAUUAAGCUCAUUGCCAAUCCCCAAAUAUUUGAUUUUUCCAAAAAACUAGUUUCUUAAUCUAAGUUCCUCUCUUCAUUAACUCUAUAAUUCUCACACUGAUCCCAAUGCUAAAUAUUAAUAUUAAUAUUUAGUAUUAACUGUCUUGUCAAGCAAAGGGCCUUCUCUACAACUUAGUCCAUCUUGUUUCUGGUGCUACCUGAGUUGGACAGAAUUAUAGCUCAUCGUUGCUCAAAAAGCUAGGCCUUGAUCACAGAAGCAGACAGCUUCAGUCCUGCUCACUCUAGGCCUAGAUAAAAGAAAUGACUUGUUAUUUUCCAAUUUUUUUCUCACAUACUAUACACAGGUAGUAUUUUCAAUGUGAAUCCAAAGCUUGUUUGGUUCUCUGAAAACAUUUUUUCCCCCCUUUUAGGUCCUUUACAUUGUGAUAAUGCUGUAUUUAAAAAGAAUAUUUAAAUGUAAUAUUAAAGAAAUAUUCAAAGAA